CCGGGCUCGAUCUUGGCUAUUUGUAUCGUUUCGUCCGCCCUCAGCAGAGUUCGAUGCAGUCAAUGUAGUGUGAAGUUCUUCUGUUUGACUGUAAAUUUGACUGUAAAUUCGUUCAAUGAUCGUUUAAGUUACAAUGAUAACUCUCAAGUCCAUUGGAAUUGCAAUACUACUGUUGGGCCUCGCUCAAGAUUUCUUGUCUGUUCCGGUGUUUGUUAGAGGAGAAGAUCAAACGCCUGAUAGAACUUCUCGUGAUCGACGAACCAUUUGCCUCUAUCUCUGUAGUUCUAAGAAAAAUGAGCCCUUCAGAAAGGUACGAUUCAGCAUUCAUCAUUUAGAUUGGAAAGCUAUUUUUUGGUCUACUUAUUCUGUUAUUGCGCAUCAUAAUUACUUCACCUUAAAGGCCAUUGUAUCCGCUUCUUCGAUGUGUUUGGUAGAAAGUGGGAUGAAAUUGCAGCUUUUAGUUGUGUGAUCGUGAAAAAUUCGAAAACUUAUACUCUCUUAACUCUACCAUGGCUCAAUGUCAACAAGUGCGUGCGGUUUCUCCUUCCCUUUGUCGAGCUUACUUUGACUCAGAAUCACACCGAAACCAUGCUGCCCCUAGGAAUCUAGAGGGAUAACCUGGAUAACUUUAAAAUCUUUCCUUUACACAUGAUUGUUUCCUAUGAGUGAUAUUCAUUUAGGCAAGCGUAAAAAUUGUUGUGGUUCGAGCUAGGAUCAUAAUGAAACCGACACUCAAUUGUAAGAAUACGUAGUAGAUUGAAUCGGUAUCCGGUUAUUCAAUUUUUAAAAUCUCUCGUCUAGAUAUUUUAUUCUAUUUUAAGCUACGGAAAGUAAAGAAUCACAGACAACUCGCCGAGACCAAGUUACAUUAAAAUGUAAUCGUCGAACGGACAUCAUCGCUUAAACGAACGAGUUUACUCGUCGAAAGAACACGCGAAUUAGUAAUUUGAUAUUUGACGAAAAAGAAGUCACGCUAUUUGCAAUGCACACACACUGACACAGUGUCAAGCUUUUGCGGUUAAUAUUCGUUCAUAUACGUGGACUGAGACUGUCGUGAAGGCUUUAAAGUUAUUAAUAAUUUACAUAUAACGAUAUAAAACAAUUUCUUAUAAUUGUUUUGUUCUAUUCCUUAGACGGAAUGGAAUCAAAUGUACUGAAUUGAGAACUAGUUCCUGUCUCUACCAGCUGUCUCGCAUCUUGUCAAUUUCACGGCCGUUUCUGAUUUAUUUCCUUUCAAUAGUUGUUUUAAACACAAAGGGUUUUAUCAGUAAAGUAGUAUCUAAUUAUAAACCUGCUGGCAACAUGGGAAUGCAAAUUUAUAUACUGCGUGAUGUUUUUGUCUAGCGAGUAGGUAAAAUGAAUUACAGGUACGGCCUCCCAAUUGCAUUUUCCCCGAAUGCAGCCGGCUCUCUAUUACAAGUGUUAAGCUUUUUUCAAGCUGGAGAAAUAUUAACUUCCAUCUGGAUAGACAUCAAACAUUCCACCCUGUUUUUUCCGGCAACGCCAAUGAAAACAUCUUAAAUUUACAGCUCGAGUGGCUUAAUUUUCUGAGAAAAGGAAAAAGUCAAUUUGGCCCUUGGCGAAUGCUGUGGAGUAAAUGAUUGAUCACUUGUUUUUUCGGCAGGUGGUUAACUUCUGUAUGGAUCUUUAGGUUUGUAAGUGUUGCUUAACAAGGCAUGAAGAAGUUUUGAAAACUUUAAGACUUGAUUACAGUUGAAAUAUACAUACAUGGAUUAUCAAAAUUAUCAUGGAUUUAUCAAAAUAUAGGCUUUUUACUGAGUUACAAAUAUUUCUUACUAUAUUAAUACUCGCUUACAAGUAACGAUUAAAACUGAUGAAGAACAGAAAAGAAUUACAAAAAAAUACAUCAACAAAAUGCUGGUGAAUACGUAAUUGUGCAUUGAAAGGAUAAUGUAUAAUUUAUUCAAGUAUUUUUAAAAUUUCACCAUUCAUAAGUUUGUUACCUAGUAGCGUGUUUUGGAAAGGGCGUUCAACAACGUUCACAUCGCUGAAACAGACCCAAAGCUCUUGCUUAAGUAACUAUAUACAUAUAUGUGUGUCCGGUCCUGAUAAACUAAGGUGUAUAAACUUCUGUCUGUGUUUAUAACCUCUGUCCACUCGAGUACGGUCUAGUAAACAGGGUCCAAAAAAGUGCUUCACGGAUGAAAUAAGGUUUUGUGCAGAGAGUGGUAAACUCAUAUUGACCAUUUCUACUACUUUGCAGUGUUGGCUUUCUGCAAACUUGUUCAAAUUUCUACCUGCCUGACACUAAAAUUUCGACUUCCUGUGUUCUAGAUUAUGACUUCCUACAAACACAUUUGGACUAGCUUAACUAGCUAGCAGUCACUCUUCUGUAAAAAAAAAAAAAACCUGAUUGUUUAAUAUUUUCAACGGCUUUUGUUUGUUUGUAUAUUUGUUUUAUCACUUCUCAAUUCAUCGUUAUCACCUGAGAUUUUUAAAGAGGGUAAGAGUGAGAAGGAAACCGCCGCGCGUAGAGAUAUUAUGUACGAACCCUUUACAGAAAUUCGUUAAGUGCUGACUGUAUUAUACGAUUAUGAAAAGCCUAGUAAACAUAUUAACCUGUAUUGAAACACCGUGCAUGAAAAAAAUCGAUGGGCAGAGCUAUUGUGGCGUACGAAAGAACAACGCCAGGAGCUUAUGAAGUUAGAGGCUUCUGACAACGUUAAUAACAAGGCAAGAAUUUGAAUUAAUAGGAUGCCCGAAGGCUUUAAGCGCAAAGUCCAGUUUAUUUUGGUCGUUCAGAAGAUUUCUAUUAAUGUGUACGUGAAGGAAGUCCAAAUUGUGACGUCAAAGACGACUAAAAUUAAUAUGCAGCUAGGGCCCAGUUUUUCAACGGCCGAUUAUCACCAGCCCAGGGUUAAAAUUUGAAUCCGAGUUUCUUUUUUUCUUGUUCAAACGCAUUUUCUCGCAUAACUUUUUCAAUUUUUGGUAGAGCAAUUUUCAAUUUACUUUUUGAGCUCUGAUAUAUGAACUUCAAAUUUUGCGCUAGCCCUGGGUUAUCUUAACCCAUCUUAGAACAACCCGGCCCAGAAGGGUGCAGUUCAAGGGCAUUUUUCAGAUCGUGUGUUCCCGGGCCCACGGUGGGCCAUUUAUCAUCAAAGGUGUGCCCAGGGUGGGAAAUUUGUCAUCGAAGAAUUUAAUAUAUUCUACCACAGUUCAAAAAACAACAACAAAACAAGAAUAGGUUAUAACAUGAUAGGUCUUAUAGGUUGUUGGACUACCAGUUUAAGGGGCUAUGGAGCGAGGAAGAUCCGAAACGGCGGAACAACUUUUCGUUGGUUGAUGCAGAAGUGCGGUUCGUAUGGUUACCAAGUAGAUAGGGAAUUAAGAAUGACGGGCGACAAUAACAAAAAUGUAAUUCGGGCCCUUCUGCUCCCUUUACUGGCAUCAGUAACUCCCUUCAGCAGAAUUAUGACAAUUAUCAGCUCGUGGUAACGCAAAACGAAAUAGUCAGCCUUUAUUGCCUUGAUUACCCACUAAACGACCCGCCGUCAUUUUUGUCUAGAGCUAGGAUCUUCCUAGCGAAAGCAGUUUACAUGGUGCUAGGAUUUUCCUACCUCUCAGCUAAGAUCCCAGCGCUAGUAUAGGGACAGGUGCAACCCUUUGCAUGUAAACUGAUUACAGAAAACAUAUGGCGCUAGAAUGAUCCACCUUCUAGGAUCUUCCUCCCUCCAUGUAAACAGCUUCUAAAUUGUUUCUUCUCUUAUUAUUACUUCAGGGAACUUCAUUUGAUCGGUGUUUCAGAGAAUGCUCCCUCAAGAAAAGAAAAGGUAAAGUUUAAACACAAACGGCCCAAUUAAUUUUAAUUAUUUCCGACUAAACAGAAUUUUCCUUUUUCUAGAUUCAGGUGAAAGUUUAUCUUCUGUUGAAAUAAAGGAGGAUUUGAACUUUCCAAUGACAAGAUCACGACGGGACACCAAACAUUCGCUGCCAGGUAGGAAAACGGUCGUGCUUCAUCAAAAGUUGAGUAUUGAAUGAAGACAGUUAUAAAUAUUUCAAUGCGGAUCUCUUCCGUAAGACGUCCUAGGUUGUAUUGUGUAAUUACUUGGGAUUCCUGCGGAACUCUCAAGUCGGAAAUUGCGAUAUUAGAGACCUUUAAGAAACUACGACGGUGACGACAAGGAAAACGUCAAGAAAGCAAUAGGUUUAAUGAGAAAAACAACAACUCAGCACGUGCAUCACACUUUUUUGUACAUUUCUUUGCCAUCCCUGCACGUGACCAAAUUUUAAGCUUACUUGAGAACGCGAGCGGCAAGGCAAUAAAUUCUACCUGAUCUCUGUCUGAAUUCGGGCGCAGUCCCCUCUCUUUAGCUCCAACCAAAAUUCCCUUCUUUUAAGUAACAGGGCGAAUUGUGAUAAUCGCGAAAAAGUUGAAAAGGAUGUGAAGUCUAUUUUUCAGCGACGUUUCGCCGUUGUUGGAUCGUAGAGUUUCUAUUGCAGAAUGCCGCUGCGUUUGGUACGAUGUUUAUGCUCACAUAUCUUCGCGAAACCGAAUUAGGAGAAACCUUUUUGAUCAGCUCAUAGCAAAGCCCACGAGUAAACUACGACAGCGGCUUGUGCAAAAAGACAACAACAGCAACAACAGCAAAAACAAAACGUUGAUGGCGCAUAUACUUACGUCUGUAAUUCGAAAUUGCCCAUUUCUAUGACGUCACUUUUUUCGUACAAAAAAAUAAACUUAUUAUAGUUAAUUACAAGAAUUUGUUUUCUCAACACAGGUUGCCCAAAAAUUGAUACUAAGCAUGAAGGUCUUGGAUACAUCGUGGAAAAGGACAAGAUAAGUGUGGAUUUUAAGAAAAUGAAACCGAACCUUACUGUUGAGUGGGAACCGGAACGUAGAAGUAAGUGAGAUAGGUGGCUACACUGUGAAAGUAAACUAUAGCUUCCGGGGGGGGGUUACUCCCUAAUAUGGGCUAUAUAGGUGUGUGCGGCCCCAAAGGGUAGGGUUUUUCAGCCGUUUUGGUCAUAAAUUGGGUAUCGAUUUUGGCUAUUUUGCCGCCUUUUUGGUCAUAAAUAGGGUAACGAUUUUUGCACUGUAGUCUUGAAUGCACCUUUUUAGAAGAAGCUACUUCCUUAUCGUGUCCCCCUAACCUAAUAAAAGCAGAUAAACAUUGCCUUUAACAUCGGUCUGAACUAGGGAAAUGAUUAUAAGGCAGGUCUGAAACAGGGUAUUGAUUUAAGGGUCAGGUCAUAAAUAGGGUAUCAAAUUUUUGGUUAGGUCAUAAAUAGGGUAGGGAAAAUCGCAGAUUUUGGUCAUAAAUAGGGUAAGGGUUUUGGGAAGCGGGCCGCACACCCCUACCCAAUUUUUCUGCGAGUACCCUCCCCCCCGGGCUAUAGCUUCCCUUCACACGGUCAUUCAAGAGAUUUUUUCUUUCGUAGUCUGUGGGUUUUUGAUGCUUUUUCAAGAGAGUAAAACGAGACAAAGAAAUGAAAGUUUCAGUUUUGCUUAGUGCUUCCAAAACAGCUGCUUCUAAUUACAGAAUGCACACACGUAACGCAUGAGAGUAUCGAACUAUGACUUUACAAUGACUGUCACAAAAUCAACCCAAGCUGUCCCUUUGGGAAUUUCUGUUUUACGUCAUCUCAACCAUUUCGUACUUGCUGGCGUUCAGCAGUUUUUAGGGCUAAAACGUCAUCAUCACCUAACGAUUCCUCGCGUCCCCCUGUUUACGCAAAUCGUGAUUUUUUUCUGGUGUACUAACUGCAUACUGUAACUUUAAGUACUUUCCUAUAUAUAUGUUAUAGGUCAAAUUUGAUUUCAGGUUGCAAUUUUUUAAUGUGGGUUGAUUCUGAAUUCCCCUUGUCUUCUAGGGCUAGGAGACAAAGGAAAUUCAGAUCCCUCUAGGUUUAAUCAAAAUUAACGUGAAAACUAAUUUGACCUGUAACAUAUACGCGCGAGCUACUAGGAUGCCUCCUCCGGAUUUUGCCCUGUGGGCAAAAACCCUGCGAGGACAAUUAUGUGGCGGCUCUUUCAGAUGGUUACAACUGGACUUCCUAUGGUUUGCUUUAUCAUGGCUUAAAAGUGGAUCAGCUUGCCUGCAUAAUAGUAGCAAAAGUAAGUAUCUAUACUAAAUUACUCCUCCUUAAACUCGGAACGGCGAGAAGCCAUUUGACAUCGUCUGUACCUGUUUUUCCGUCUCCUUUGGUCAUUAUUGAAAAAUUGUACAAUACUUCCAACUUAAUCAUUUUCCGACUCAAAGUUGUUUAGGUGGGGCAGAUGUGCGAAACUUGGGGUAUAGUACUUCCCAUUUGCAUGGGACAACCGGAAAUUCCGGUUGGAAAAUCAAAUGGAUCGCCCCCUUCCGUUUGAGAAGCUUCAGAAAACGUGGACUUUGACCUGAGGCGAUGCCAUUUUUCUUCUCUCAGAGUCUAUUCUGCUUAUCUGUUCUCCCACCACGUCAAAUUUCAGUUUUAUCAGCAGUGACAGAUCCAGGGGAGGGGCCCGGGGGUCGGCCCCCCCUCCCCCCUUAUUCUUAGACCAAACGGAGGCCCGAAUUAGUUUUUACACAAAAGACUUCCACUCGGGUGAUUAGUGUAAAUGCUAAGCACCAAGCUUGGUUUCCAUGAAUUCUUACUAGGGCGCUAUAUAACUGGACAGUAAUUUUAUAUUUAACAUUUACAUUGUUACCGGCUUAACUUUCGCGCUACAAAGUUACAUUUCCUGUCAAGGUCUGCGCAUAUCCUUGCAUUACUCUACCGAGUAAAGUAAAAAUAAAUUGUGUUGGUCACGAUAAAAAAAAAAAAUUGACUUCAGUUCUUGCCCUUUGUCAGACAGCCCCCUACGCUGAGGUUUGCUGCCAAUAACUGUUUUGAUACUGACGUAAGGUACAUAUAUGGGAACAAACCUAACCUUAAGCACGUGGAAGCACUAGGGUAAUCACUAUGGUCGGUUGUGCGUUAACGUGGUAAUCACUAUUGUCAGUGUUUGACCAUAAUCAGUGUUUUCAGUGCUUAGCCUAAUCACUAUUUAAGGGCGUAACCAUAACGUGACACAUAACUUGAUUCAUGACUCCUUAACUCAUUUGACUCAUAAAACAAACUUUCUCGGGACGCACAUAAUAUAGCAAUUAUCUUGUUUUGUUCAAGGAUCACUACAAGGAUCCGUACCGCAGGGAUAAGCUUCAAUGGAUUAUUGCAGAUGGAGAAGGUGCUUGGAAGUAUCCUGACCCCAUCGUCCUUGUGGUAAGGAGCUAGCGCUAUGCUGUAUAUUUUUGCGUGGAUCUGGCUACGUUAAUUUAUAGCCCUUAACUUGCUAGUAAAAAGAUAAUUUAUUUGCUAUUAAUACUAAUUUGAACUUUGCAGUCGGUGUGAGACCUUAAUUUCACUUUCGUAAAUGGUUGUCGUGAUUUUUGAGAGUUCAUUCGCCCAAUGCAAUGGAAUCCAAGACAGUCUUGGAUUCUGGAUUUCUCGCCGUGGAUUCCGGAUUCUAAGUACUGGAUUCCAGCCUUUGUCGAUCAGUGGAACUUCGAUUCUGGAUUCCAAUCGUUAGUGGGAUUCCGGAUUCCUUAAGCUUUUUUUCCGGAUUCCAAAGCCCAGAUUCCAGAUUCCACGAGCCAAAUUUUCCCGGAUUCCGUAAUCGCGAUUCCCUUACAUGGAGCGGGUUGAUGCCAUCAUUGGUGAUGGGUGAUCCUAGGAUAGAUUCCUUAAAUUAAGUCACAAUAUCUAGAGCAAAAGGCUACGUCUUCACGCCCAAGUUGAAUUUCGGUUAUUUUGAUUACGUUCAGGAGAGGCCUAGGCUCACCUCUCAGAGAUGUAUCAGUGACAUUAAGACAAAUCUAAAUGAAGAUAUGAUCAUCGCAGUUGCAAUCACAAUUUAAUUAAAUUGCAAAUUAAUUAUAAGCUCGAACAAUAAUAAUAAUGAUAAAAUGGGGCUUCAACGGCAUCGAAACCCAUGGCCUCAGCUGUGUCGGCAAUGCAUUGCUGUACCAACUGAGCUAUAAAGUCCCAUACUUUGGGAGAGGGCCAGUUUUUUUGAGUUUAUCUUUAACACAUGAAAGCCUGAAACGUUCUUCAUUCUAAGUUAUACUUCUACUUUUUUCGGAAUUUUGGCGUUGGCAAUGGUGAGGGAUAGUGGCUAGUGUACCAAAGGCCCGGGUCUGAUUCUUCUGAUCAGGGACAGAUUUUAAAAAACCCGCAACCAAGUUAUAUAGGUAUUGUUUCGUUAUUAACAUGCUGCUUUGAUUAAUUACAAAUGUUUUGUAUACUCUAUUAAAGAGUCGAUUGAAAACGCUUCUGUUUUUUAUAUCUAAUGAAUUAAGUAUGUAUCAGACCGAAAUGAUUAUAGGUGAAUGUAAUACAUAUGUAUUAUCAUAAGUUAUUGUUUAUCGCUUUUUUCAUUAUAGAUCUUUACAUAUCCUGGCUUUUAUCCAAGGUUGCGUUUAGAAAAAUAUGGUACGGUUUAUUUUUAUCAGUUGUGGAGAAUAACUCCAUGUGAAUUACACAGUAGCCUGUAAGAGUAGCUAUUUUUAAGCCUAGGCCAAACGUCAAACUUUUCAUGAGACGAACCAAACUUAAUUUGGGUCGACCUAAAUUAAGUUAAGAUCGUCUGUUGGGUCAGACGUCGAAUUUAUCAGCUAAGUCAGACCAAAAAGCAAUUUUAGCCGGCCAGUAAUAAAUUUUCUCCCUAACAUUUCAUACAAACUUUUAAUUUGUUAGUUUAGUUCGUCGUGUGUGAAGAUCGAUGUUUGUCCCAGAGACGAUCUUCAGACGUUCUCUCCGUCUGAAGCAACUCGAUUCGAGACGGAUACAACUUGUUGGACGAUCCUCUCUCAUUCAGACGAAGUUAACUGAAACAGACGUUGAACUUUUCAUGAACUUAACUCGUCUGAUGCAAAGUUGGACGUUUCGCCUAAUCUUUGGCGUGAAUCCCAGUACUUUUUGCCAGCCAUUUGUUUCGGAAGUAGCCGGAACAUGCGUUCAAUUGCUCUCUACUCGGAGACCCAGGGGCAAUCAGUUGGGUCAGGAGAAAAGACGCCAAUGCUUGAGAACUUUCGUAGUACCUUUUCUCCCGACCCAAGUGAACUGAGUCUCCUAGUAUACUCCCUACAGUAAUACAGUGGCUUUCCGUAGUUAUGACUGACUAACGAUGGACCUACAACAAGCGUGAAAUGUUGGUCGAAUAAGCAGGUAGUUGACUCAUCAUAUAAAAUACUGACGGAACUGACAUGCAACUAUGACUUAUCGUCUGCCAAAUAUGACGCAUAUGACUUGAACGCCCUUUGUGCCCUUUUAACGACUUGCUGAAUCAAAAACGUUUCUUUAAGUAUAGAAAUUUCUAGAGACUCAGAGCAAAAUUUGAAACAAAAACAAACAUUUCGUUUGAAUGAUUCGAACUUCAUCAGCGAUGUGAAGUGUCAGGUAGCAUAACAGAAGAGGAUUGAAAUGGCCGGUAGACGUUAUGGUUAGGUCAGCUUAAAUGCCUGUAUUGCUUCGUAAUAAAGAAGUGAUUGAAUUUAUGUUUUGGGUUAGGAAAACGGAGUGCCAUAUCAAUGAGGUGGUCGUAUAUGAUGGGACCAACAUCCACAUACAAAUUCGCAUAACCAUUUCUCUUGAUCGUUAGGAGAAAAUUCAUGUUAGGGACUUAAAUGGACAUAGUCAGCUAUGGGAAUCCGCUGACCUGAACACUACUUUUGCCAGUUUGAAAUACUGAAACAGUUGAAAGAAUGACAUGUCAUUGUUUUCUGCGACCAAUCAGGAGAGAACUUACGAGCAGCUCUUACACAACUGGUUUGAAAAGCGUUUAUCUCAACCUGAAAUCGAAUGUACGCGUCGGAUACAUCUAGAAGAGCCGCUUCAAUCUUUCCCAGUGUUUCAUUCCAUCCUCGAUCUUUUGCUGAAAACCUCUUUUUCAGCAAACGUUUUCUCAUCCUAUAACAUUAACUUCCUAUCAUUUUAACAAUAAAAUGACUACUGAAUACAUCGGAUUUAUUUAUUUAGGACCAAUUUGUGAAGAAAAAAAGAAAAGAGAGGAUUUGGAAAGGCCAGCAAGCUGCCAACAUAAACUGCAGCAUCGUUAACUUGUUUUCAUAUUAGUUUGAUCUUUGCCGGUUUUUCGUAACCAUUAUCCUCCACUAACUUAUUUUUUAACCAUACAUAGGUUAACUAAGGCCAGGUCAUCCCUUAGCCCCGUCAGAAGAUUUCUUUUGUCUAGUUUUUUGGGAGACUUUUCUAUUGUAUUUAUUUAAAUUUAAAAGCGGCGUUUCUUGAUACACGAGGAUUGUUAAUUAUAGAGCGGCGUUCUGAUUUUCUUUAUAAAUGUCUUUUUAGCUCCUGAUCCCCCAGAGCCUCCCCCUCUUCCUCCAACCUCUGAAGGUAUGUGGCUCUAUGUUAGACUAUUAUGUCGUAAUAUCUUAAGUGAUAAAUUGCUCUAAAUUUUUGCGCGAAAUCUCAACGUUUAUUCAUAAUUUCACAAUCGCUAUGGCAACGUUCCGAAUGGCUCCGCAGUGCCAAUAUGGCGUCACUAGCGACUAGACACAGGAAUGACUCCGAUCUUUUAUUAAAAGAUAGAAAACGUAAUGAGAUAAUAAUUUAAAAUUGACUUUCCACCGUUUGACUCGAUGGUGAACGACAUCACCAAGAUGUGUGACUUCUGUUUCGUUUUUCGUUGACACGUCACGGGGAAAGAUUCCAAGUAAAGCAGACACUGAAAUCAAAGUAUAAAACAUUUUUGUUUGGUAUAGAAAAUUCCAAAACUCAGAGCAAAAAUUACGAAAAACACGAAUAUGUAGUGUUCAGUAGUAAUGAGAAAAUAUUAUCACAGCGGUCACUUCGGACUGCGAGAAUACAGCUAGAAUACUCUGAGUUAUUUGGGUAUGUAACCACUGAUUGGUUACUGUGCUGGAAUGGCGGUCUCCGAACGCUCAUUAGACGAUAUGGUUAAAUUUUUAUUGUCAAAGCUUAAGUGCAACCAUUGCGUUUUGUUUUCUCCCCCUAUUUGUUUUAGGAGGUUCUCAUACCAAGAUUGUAGCCGCAGCUGUAGGAUUGUUUGCCGGCCUUGUGUCGCUACUUGUUAUUGUGGUGGCUUAUCGAAAACGGGUCAGCGUUUGCCAAACUUUUUCGCGAGGUACGUGAAUUUAUUCUAUAACUACUGUUGUCAAUUGGUACCUGAGGCGUCCAAAGACAAACAGUAAACUACCAUAAUAUCAACCUUUUUUUAAAAUUUUCAAAGCACGUAUGCAAGAUUUCUCCCACCAGUAAUAUCGAAAGGCCUAAACUUGUUCUGGGAUGGACAAUAAGUAUGAGCUUUGUUAUAGUCACGCAUGUGCACUGACGUGAUAAUUAUUGGCCCCGUCGCGGAGUAUUGUUCAGCGGAUUGUACACUUACUCUUAAAUGAAACUACAUCUUUGCAUUUGCUAAACAUUGUGUUGCUUAAUGAUGGUUUUUUUUUAGGAAACAGAAGUGUCUUGGAGAAUGUUAAGAUUAAUAACUCAUGUUGUGUAGGUAUGUACUGUAUGACUACCUUCUCAAUACGCCCCUCUUAAAUUAACCUCGAACUGGAGCACUGCUUUGCAAUCGGAAAUUUUAACACAAUUUAGCAUUUCUUUGUAAAUUUGACAUUUUUCGUAUAAUUCCUAGGUGACUAGUCCAAUUCUUGCCCAACAUUCUUUUGAUAUUCCUGGUUAAAUCGGCCCCGUCGCGGAGUAUUGUUCAGCGGAUUGUACACUUACUCUUAAAUGAAACUACAUCUUUGCAUUUGCUAAACGUUGUGUUGCUUAAUGAUGGUUUUUCUUUAGGAAACAGAAGUGUCUUGGAGAAUGUUAAGAUUAAUAACUCAUGUUGUGUGGGUAUGUACUGUAUGACUACCUUCUCAAUUCGCCCCUCUUAAAUUAACCUCGAACUGGAGCACUGCUUUGCAAUCGGAAAUUUUAACACAAUUUAGCAUUUCUUUGUAAAUUUGACAUUUUUCGUAUAAUUCCUAGGUGACUUGUCCAAUUCUUGCCCAACGUUUUUUUGAUAUUCCUGGUUAAAUCAGCCUUUGAUAGAGCUCGGCUACUGUCUGCGGAGCCGGAUUGAGUUCGAUCAUCGGGGCCAAACCAAUACUCAGAGUCUAGAACAAAUCUUACUAAAAGAGAAGGCACUUUCUUGCAAACGGCCAGACCCUAGCGUGACUCGGAUGACGCGGAUAUUUUUAUUUCCCGUACGAGAUAAAAGAUUUUAAAAAAUCAAACAACAUCAGGAAAAACAAGCGAUGUCCUCAGUUACUUAAAAAAGCCAUUAAUUGUCAGAAUUUCGAUCUAAUGCUGAUUUGGUGAACGUUCUUAAACUGUUUAAUUAACAGCCUUUAUUACGGACGUUUUCACUUACUCAUCGAAACAUUUGCUUUACAGAUGAUAAUGAGGCAAACGGAAAUGUGCAAUUGCUGCCAGUAAUUAUGAACAACUUACAACAGUCGGGUAAGACAAACAUCGUCUAUUCAUUACUAAGACCGAACGUAGUGUGGAAAUCAAUAAGCGACCAUGUUUAUUAGCUAUCAUGACAGUAAACUUCAAAUCAUACUGAGACGAUGUAUUCCGCGAUGUUUUACAUCAUUGAUGCUGUGGCAGAUGUGAAAUAAAGUCCAUACCGUUGUAUGAAAUUGCUCCAAAUUCACAACUGAAAGGCGAUAUUGGGCCGUCUGGUCGCUUCGGACGGUCAAGUGACAGUGGGUCUGAUCCCUCUAGCAUCGGAAAUUUCAUCAUCAGUAUCAUCAUCAUCAUCAUAGUCAUGUACAUUCUCCAAAAGUAAUGAUAGCAUCAUCAUCAUCAUGCAUCAUCAUCACCACCAUCGCCACGACGAUCACCGUCUCCAUCAUCAUCCUUAUCACCACCACCACCACCAUCAUCACCAUCAUCAUCACUUUCGCCACCACCCGUACCGUCACCAUCACCACCUCCACCACCAUCACUGUCAUCUUCGCCAGCACUUCCAUUAUCAUCACGAUCACCAUUAUAAUCUUCAUCACAACCAUCGCCACCACCAUCACCACCACCAUCACCAUCACUGUCACCAUAACCAUCACCAUCACAACCAUCCCCACCACCACAACCAUCACCACCACCAUCAUCACUAUCACCAUCACCAUCACCACCAUCACCAUCACCACCAUCAUCACAAGCACUAUUUCCAUCACCAUCACUAUCCCAAACCAUCACUAUCACAACCAUCGCCACCACCAUCACCAUCACCACCACCAUCACCACCACUAUCACCAUCACUAUCACCAUCACCACCACCAUCACCAUCACUAUCACCAUAACCAUAACCAUCACCAUCACAACCAUCGCCACCACCACAACCAUCACCACCACCAUCAUCACUAUCACCAUCACCAUCACCACCACCAUCAUCAUUACCACCAUCAUCACCAUCACCACCACCAUCACCAUCACUAUCACCAUAACCAUCACCAUCACAACCAUCGCCACCACCACAAUCAUCACCACCAUCAUCAUCACCAUCAUCAUCACAAGUACCAUCUCCAACACCGUCACUAUAACCAUCAUCACCAUCAAAAGCACCAUCACCAUCACCAUCACCAUCACCAUCACUAUCACCAUAACCAUCAUCGCCAUCACCAUCACCAUCACCAUCAAAAGCACCAUUUCCAUCACCAUCACUAUCACCAUAACCAUUGCCACCACCACCACCGUCACCGUCCCCGUUACCGUCGCGAGUCUGUUUGGUAUGAAGUGAGCUUACAUCGAUCUAUUUACUCAAAGACGCACUCGGCUCCUCGGAUGGUCUGCAUAACUUUGCGGCCGUCAAAUGCAGCUAUUGACUCUUAGAUUUGCCUCUCUUUGCGAAAAUGAGAUGCAGAUGGCCUGACGAUAAUCACCAUCACCGUCACCAUCACCACCACCACCACCGGUGGUUACAUCACCGUCACUAUCAUCACUGAGUUCUUUGAGUUCGAUUUACAUAGGUCAGGUGUCUUACUUAGGUUGCCUUUCUCAGUUUCUGCUGGUAUUUUCCUUUAACUUUGCCAUCCCUAUAUGAAAGAAAAAGGCAAACUAAAAUAUGCCCACUUCCAUCUCUCAUUUUACUGAAGGAUUAAUAACUUGUCUUUGGUUUGUUAAUAGGUCCCGAACGUUUCUACGCGUGUUAUUACCCAGAAAGCGAUGAAUUCCAGAAGCUUGUGGCUUCUGUGGUGAAUUUCUUUAGAAUGAAUGGUUACAUGGUUGUAAUGGACGUAAUGAGCUGCAGCGAAAUGGUAAAUCUUGGACCAGAACGAUGGGCAGAACAGCAGAUUAAAAAAGCAAGCAAAGUACUCGUGUUUCUGUCACCUCGACUUUUACGUUUGUGUGGUGCAGAGGAGGACGAAACACAAUACUCUAGUCAGGUAUUGUCAUAUAAUUUCUUUAAGUUACAAAAAUAUGGUUUUUGAGUUGCUAGAAGAAGUCAAGUAAAGAAAUGUCUGCAAUUAAUGGACGAUUGACGUCACGCGUAGACAGCGGCGAAGCGGCUCAGCUGGUUUUGCAGUGCGAAGCUCAAGAAAGUGGAGGGAGCUUACUGAAAGAGUAGCGAGAAUAAGCAAGAAAACAACUCAGAGGAUCGUGGAACUGAGAAAUGUUAACAAGAACUACAAUUAGAAGAGAAGAGGACUAGUUAUGAGCUUGAGAGUGUUUAAUUGGAACGACAAAAUAUAUAUUAGGUACAUCCGCUUUUGUAGGACAAAGAAUUUGUCAUAUUUUGAAGAGGUGUGCAAGAGAUUCAAGUUAUCCUCAUCAAAAAAAUAUCAAUUUACCUUAUCCACUAAUUUUGAAAUGGGUUUCCAGGAAGAUGAUAUUAAGUUUAAAUCGUCGAAAGUAACGAGGUACCGACAAGCCAAAUUGUUAUUUUAUUAUUAAAUUGUUCAUUUAUUUAUCAUAUUCAUUUAUGCCUUCUUAUCUACAGGAGCACAAGCGUGUUUGGUAUGAAGUGAGCUUACUUCGAUCAAUUUACUCACACACUCACUCGGCUGCUCGGAUGGUCUGCAUAACUUUGCCGCCGUCAAAGGCAGCUAUUGACCCUCAGGAUUUUCCUCUCUGGGCGGAAUUGAGAUACCGAUGGCCUGAGGAUAAGAGAAGAAUCUUGAAUCGCUUGAACGACAGACCUAGAAUUCAACCUUUGUAG